AUGUACGGUGCAGUGUACGGGUACGGCUCAAGACGAUGUGACGAGACACAUUGUCACACACUGAGCCCACACAGAGAGGAGCGGAUAGGUUACCGAAGGGGAAAGCGGGAGGUAGCCGCAGGGUCCGUAGUGGGUGGUGGCGGGGAGUGGUGGCGGUAAUUGUCGGUUGUCGAAUCAACGGAAUUUCUCCGCUCCGAUACAACCAACCGUACACUUCCACGUGGAACUUUUGCCGAUAUGAUACCAAGUGCAUGUUGCAUUUCUGAUAUCGCUUGGCGUUAGAAUCCGCUUUAGCACCCUUGUCCCCUUGUCCCAACCUUCUUUAAUAAUCUCCAAUUCAGCCCCUUA